AUGCAAGAUGAUAUUAACACUAAAGCUUUGGCAUAUGCCCAAAAGCGUGAAGGAAGAUGCUUAGCUAAAGUUAGUUCUAAUACAUAUUUAUGGGCAUGUAAAAAAGGCCAUCAAUGGGAGGCGCCAUAUAAAAAUAUGAAACAGAAUUAUAGAUGGUGCAAUAUUUGUCCUAAUAUACCAGAAAAAACAUGCCGAUGGAUACAAUGA